GUAAGGUUUGAGGUGAAAAAUGGCCUGAUGUUGUGCUACAGAAAGAUGGAGAGAAAGAAAGAAUACUGCCUUUUUAGAGGUCAUAACUCCUGAGAAGUUUCUUCACUUGAAAACCCUGCCAUGUGGUCCAACAACAAUGCUGCUCCCUUCUUGCUGACUGGCUUCCUGGGCUCAGAGGCAAUUCAGCACUGGAUCUCUAUUCCCUUCUUUGUCAUCUACCUCUCCAUCCUUUUGGUCAAUGGCACACUUCUCUUUCUCAUUUGGAAUGACUCCAGUCUUCAUGAGCCCACGUACUACUUCCUAGCUAUGCUGGCAGGUGCAGACCUUGGGAUGACACUAACCACAGUGCCCACAGUCCUGGGUGCAAUUUUCCAGAGGGAAAUUUCCCAGGGUGACUGUUUCACUCAGUCUUACUUCAUUCACACCCUGUCCAUUGGAUCCGGUGACUUGCUUGCCAUGGCCUAUGACCGAUUCAUCGCCAUCCGCACCCCUCUGAGGUAUAACUCCAUUCUUACCAAUUCCCGGGUGAUGAAGGUAGGCCUGGGGGUACUAAUGAGGGGCUUUUUAUCCCUUGUGCCCCCAAUCGUGCCACUCUAUUGGUUCCCAUAUUGCCGUUCACGUGUUCUUUCCCAUGCCUUUUGCCUCCACCAAGAUGUCAUGAAACUCGCUUGUGCUGAUGUUACAUUUAAUCGUGUAUAUCCAGUUAUUCUGGUUGCUUUGACUUUCUUCCUAGAUGCUCUGAUUAUUCUCUUCUCUUAUAUUUUAAUCUUGAAGACAGUUAUGGGCAUCGCCUCUGGAGAAGAGCGAGCUAAGGCCCUUAACACCUGUGUCUCCCAUAUUAGCUGUGUUCUGGUCUUUUAUAUUACUGUGAUUGGCCUGACCUUCAUCCACAGGUUUGGGAAACAUGCACCACGUGUGAUCCACAUUACUAUGAGCUAUGUCUACUUUCUCUUUCCUCCAUUCAUGAACCCCAUUAUAUAUAGCAUCAAGACCAAGCAAAUUCAGAGAAACAUCAUUCGCCUAUUUUCUGUGCACAGAAGGGCUUGA